CUGCCCCCGCCCCCUGUCCGUCUCUUGGCGGUGUCGAGGCGGGAGCGUUGGAAGCCAUUAUUGGGCCCGGGCCUGUGUGUGGUGUGGAACCGGAGGCUAACCGGAGCUGGUCCCAGGGUGUCAGACAAGGAGAGACUGGGUGGUGAGAGAAAAUAGACGUAAUCGAGAGCCGCGGAUCUACAACCCGGGCGUGUGAUCGAGUGAAUCGGUGCAGCGGCGGACCCAGCUGGAAAUGGCGGACUUCGCGGCAGCGGCGCCCCCGCACGCAGUCGGUGCCGGCGCGGCCGGAGCUGGGACCGGGGCUGGCGGUGCGGCUUUCAAAAAGCCGGACGCUUUCGCCGAUGCGGUGCAGCGGGCACGGCAGAUAGCUGCUAAAAUUGGAGGUGACACUGCCACAACAGUAAACCACAGCACACCAGAAUUUGGAUUUGUUGGUCAAAAGAGACAACUAGAAGAUGGAGAUCAGCCGGAUAGUAAAAAAAUAGCAGCACAAAGUGAUCCAAUCGGGGCUCAACUUGCAGCAAUACAUCAGCAAAGGGCAACCCUUACAGAGGAUUACCGAGUGCCAGAUGGGAUGGUUGGUCUUGUUAUAGGCAGAGGUGGGGAACAGAUAAACCGAAUACAGCAGGAAUCUGGUUGCAAAGUACAGAUUGCUCCAGAAAGUGGAGGUUUACCAGAACGAUGCGUCUCACUGACAGGAAAUUCAGAAUCGAUUCAGACAGCAAAAAUGCUACUGGAUGAAAUUGUGUCUAGGGGCCGAGGUGGGCCUCCAGGUCAGACCCAUGAUACCACAAAUGGACAAAAUGGAUCCAUUCAGGAGAUUGUGAUCCCAGCAGGAAAGGCUGGGCUCAUUAUUGGCAAAGGUGGAGAGACCAUCAAACAGCUCCAGGAACGUGCUGGAGUGAAGAUGAUUUUAAUCCAAGAUGGUUCACAAAAUGCUAACGUAGAUAAACCACUCCGAAUUAUCGGUGAUCCUUUUAAAGUACAGCAAGCACGAGACAUGGUGAUGGAGAUUCUGCACGAACGCGAUCAAGCAGGAUUUGGGGACAGAAAUGAGUUUGGUAAUCGAGGAGCUGGUGGAGUCGGUGGUUUAGAUGUCCCAGUGCCACGGCAUUCAGUGGGAAUUGUGAUCGGACGUAGUGGAGAAAUGAUCAAGAAAAUUCAGAACGAUGCUGGGGUCCGAAUACAGUUCAAACCAGAUGAUGGGUCUACGCCAGAUAAGAUAGCACAUGUAAUGGGGCCUCCAGAGAGAUGCCAGCAUGCUGCACAAAUAAUAACUGACCUUCUGCAGAACGUGCGGGCUGGUCCCACUGGGCCUCCAGGACCUGGAAUGCCUGGGCCUGGCCGAGGAAGGGGAAGGGGACAAGGCACGUGGGGUAUGGGCCCCCCUGGAGGAGAGAUGGCUUUCUCAGUCCCCAGCCACAAGUGUGGAUUGGUCAUUGGCAGAGGUGGAGAAAAUGUAAAGGCAAUAAACCAACAAACUGGUGCAUUUGUGGAACUGCAGAGACAGCCCCCACCUAAUGGUGAUCCAAACUUUAAACUUUUCACCAUCCGAGGAUCACCUCAACAGAUUGACCAUGCUAAACAGCUCAUUGAGGAGAAGAUCGAGGGCCCCUUGUGUCCUGUUGGACCUCCAAUGCCUGCUGGCCCAAUGGGACCCUUCCAGCCAGGACCCUUCACCCAAGGGCCCCCAGGAGCUCCUCCUCCUCAUCCUGCUGCUGGUGGGCCACCUCCUCCACAUCAGUAUCCUCCUCAAGGUUGGGGCAACACGUACCAACAAUGGCAGCCGCCUGGACCCCAUGACCCAAGUAAAGCUCCCGGAGACCCAAACGCAGCUGCCUGGGCUGCUUAUUAUCAACAAUACUACCAGCAGCCUCCUGCACCUGUGCCACCCCAGCAGCCAGCUGCUGCUCCACCAGGGCCAGACCCCACUCAGCAACCUCCAGUUCAAGGUCCAGGAGGACAGCCUGAUUACACUAAAGCAUGGGAGGAGUACUACAAGAAACUAGGCCAACAGAGCCAGCCCGGCCAGCAGCCUGGUCCCCAGCAGGAUUAUACAAAGGCGUGGGAGGAGUACUAUAAGAAACAAGCUCAAAAUGCCCAAGGGGCAGCGGCAGCAGCAGCAGCAGCAGCAGCAGCAGCACCACAACCAGGAGCCCAACCAGAUUACAGUGCAGCCUGGGCUGAGUACUACAGACAGCAGGCAGCUUACUACGGGCAGCCAGGGGCACCUCAGCCUGCCCCCCAGCAGCCACCUGCACAACAAGGGCAACCGACACAGUGAAGCAAACGGGGGAUGAUUGCAGUUUCGUCGGGAAGAAUAUUCCUUUUAACAAUGAUGCAGACUGAUGAAGAUUCGUAGGCUUAGGUUCCCUAUCACUGUUUAAAGAUGUUCAUAUUGAGCCAGUGUAGGAGAUAGAGUAAUCUCAGCUCCAUCUUCAAAUUCAGUCCGUCUAUAGGAGGAAAAAAAAACAAAAAAAAAACAUGGAGAGGGAAAAAGUGAAAAAUUCAGGGUAAUACUUUCUUUGUUUUAUUUUAAAUAUAGAUCACUCGGCUUUUAGUUGAUGAUAGUUGAACAUUCCAGACAAUGUACGGUUUUGAAAUCAAAUCCAUUACACUGAAAAUGGCUGCUGGUCUGUUUUUGCAUCUUGUUGUCUGUUUAAGGUUUAAAAAAACAAAAUGUAAGCUUGGUUUUUACUUUUUACCGCUCGUUUUACACUUCACAAUAAAUGAUAUUAAAACAGUGA